AUGUCCACUCACUCGCAACCAUGGGACGAUUAUCAGAACCUUCAGAUGCCUCCGUCCACCCAGGAGCUCUCCCGCACCUCCCGCUUCGAGCAGAACAUGCAGUUCGAGCCCGCCCCGCUCUCGCCCGACCUUCCCCGAGCCACCUUGCACGAUGUCUCGUCAUAUGCACCGUCGUCGGCACCCGCUCGUCAAGGUCCAAGCAACCCGACCCAAUGGGAUGCUCUCGUGAAGUACUACCCCGAGAUGUUCGCACGUGAUAUCCGUCCAAUGAACGCGUCUGUCCCGCCGGUACGGGAGCAGCCCCAGGUUCAGCCUCGCUAUCAAGUCCCCUCGCAGUCAUACCCAUCUCAACCACGCUCGUAUCCGGAACCUCGGCCCGCCUCCAUGCACGCGCGCGCGCCGCCCGUCACAUUUGCGGGUCUUCACGGUACGGGUGGUUAUCCGCACCCGGAUACCCGCGCUCCCAGCUCAUGUAUGCCGGCGAACAACUUCGGUCGGGCUGUAUCGUAUGGUCAGCCUGGCGAGCUCCCCGGCACCCCCUUCCAAGCACAGGCGAUGCCACCACCCGCCGUUCAGGCUGCUCCGACUGCUCGUGGUGGUGUGGCCCCGCAAGGUCCUCUCGUUGGCUCGCAGACUAUGCCAGUUGGUGCGAACUCGGCAAAGUCUACACCGCCAAACCUGCGUGAUGGUUCCGAGAGAGCGCAGGUGCACUAUCGCGAGAUGCAAUGA